UCCCAUCACCUCGUCUCUGUAGUAAUUCCUACAUUAAAGUCUAUGAUGGAGUCAGUCAGUCCUCGCCAGUCCUGCUGGACAAGACAUGUGGAAGCGGACCGGUCCCACCGCUGGUAUCAUCUGGAAGCUUCAUGCUCAUAGAGAUUGUGAACAACCAACCAUCGGUUCUGAGCACUUUUACAGCUUCCUAUGAAACAGGUGUCCCUGACCUUCUCUUACUUCAGUACAGAGUCUUCGCAAUCUUGCUCUACGGACUAUUUGAUUGUUAAUGAUGGACCAUCGAACUCCUCCCCCAUCCUGGGCACAUACUGUGGAACGAUGGAGGACCUACCUCUUUUACUGAUGUCUACUGGGAAUGUGAUGCUUCUCCAAUUCCACAGUGGAAAUAGUAGUGGUCAUAAUGGUUUUUAUGCUCAGUAUGAGUUUGUGACUUCAAGCUAAAUAAAACGGAGUCCAGUUAAAACCGAGAGCGGACCCUUCGUGACAGAAGAUUUUCUUCGUUCUAUGGCCUGUAUUAGUUUGAUUUAGAUAAUUAUGUCUAAUGUGAUUUUAUAUUGAUUUUGAGAUGGCACGUGUGCUUGGGAAACCAUCAAAUUUUCCUUUAUUUCUUAUUGUUUAGCAAAAGGACUAACUAUAAAAUUCGGAUUCACGUUUUGACUUCCAGUGCCUCAAACUGGGCAAUUAAGAAUUUACCAGCUGUUGAAUUUGCAAACCUGCUAAUUUUGUGGGAUUCAAUGUUUUGUUCUUGUUUUGAUUUUGACUUAAAUUUAUUUUUUUGCCACAGUAAGGGAUAAGUUGGGUACGGCCACGUUUGUUUGCCCCUUUUCUAUCCUAAGCUUAAAGGAGAUGUCAUGCCUCUUAUCCGAUCUCCUGAACAUUCCACGGCUCUCCCAAGGAACGCAGCAUCACAACCCCUGUCUGAAGCGGGGGUCUCCAUGCUUCUUUCGUAUAUCUUUAUGGGAAAGCUGAAGAUAGCCAAAUGGCUCUCCCAUAAAGAUGUAUGGAGGGUGUGUGUCAGAGUGCGGGAUAAGUUUUUCGGCAUUAGACUCCUCCUUUUACUGCUAGAUCAGUGUCGUCAGCAAGCAGUCUGUGCCAAAUUUGUCAGCUCUAGAAUAGAUUUGAACAGUUCUGGAUGGGGUUUCCACCAGGUUGGCAACACUGUAGGCAGGCCAUUCCCGAACUGGGCCAAAGUUGGUUGUCCGGGGGUGGGAUUGCGGCACAUAAUUGUUUUUAAACAAUGUAUGGGUAAAAAAUCUGCUUGAUAUAAUUCUGCU